AUCGGGCGCGGUGUCUUGCCCACAGCUUGGGGAGCGGCCCCGGGCGCAGUAACUGUCACCGGCGCCGAGAUGCGGUUCCGGCGCUUAGGGCGCCGCUGAGCUCAGAGCCCGGGAGUCAUGGCUCAGAGCCCGGGAGUCAUGGCUGCGGGCGGUGCCGCCCCAAGUAAGUCAGUCCAGGAGCAGGGCCCGGGCCUGGCGUACACUCUCGGAAAAAUGGGGGCCAGAGCAAACAAGAAGAGCGAGAGCAAGAGGCCUAGGCAGCCAGAGGCGGCAGCAAGACUCAAGACGCCAAGGGCGCCGUCUUCCUGGGGCUCCUGGGCCUGCGCCAUCCCUGGGCGGCCGAGGCACCGCCUCUCCACGCCCCUCGUCCGGCGGCGGCUGCGACUGCUUCCGAGGUCAUGUUCCCGGGACGCGCGCGUCUUCAGGGUGGAAGCCUGGCGCACGUCCGGAGAGACACCCACCAUUUCACCCAGUAAGCGGGCCCGGCCUGCGGAGGAGGGCGGCAUGCAGCUCCGCUUUGCCCGGCUCUCCGAGCACGCCACGGCCCCAACCCGGGGCUCCGCGCGCGCCGCGGGCUACGACCUGUACAGUGCCUAUGAUUACACAAUACUACCUAUGGAGAAAGCUGUUGUGAAAACGGACAUUCAGAUAGCCCUCCCUUCUGGGUGUUAUGGAAGAGUGGCUCCACGGUCAGGCUUGGCUGCAAAACACUUUAUUGAUGUAGGAGCUGGUGUCAUAGAUGAAGAUUAUAGAGGAAAUGUUGGUGUUGUACUGUUUAAUUUUGGCAAAGAAAAGUUUGAAGUCAAAAAAGGUGACCGAAUUGCACAGCUCAUUUGCGAACGGAUUUUUUAUCCAGAAAUAGAAGAAGUUCAAGCCUUGGAUGACACCGAAAGGGGUUCAGGAGGUUUUGGUUCCACUGGAAAGAAUUAAAAUUUAUGCCAAGAACAGAAAACGAGAAGUCUUACCUUUUUCUUAAAAAAAAAAAAAGUUUUUGCUUAAAGCGUUUUGGUGUUUUGCACUGCUGUAAACUUACUAGGUUUACCUUCUAACAGUACUGCAUUUUUUACUUUUUUUUAUGAUCAAGGAAAAGAUCAUUAAAAAAAAGUUUUUCUUUGUGUUUGGAUCAAAAAGAAACUUUGUUUUUCUGCAAUUGAUGGUUGUAUGUAAAUCUCCUUUGUGGUGACCUGAUGUAAACAGUGUCUUCUUAAAAUCAAAUGUACAUCAAUUACAGAUUUAAAAAAAAAGCCUGUAUUUAACUCAAAAUGAUCCCCCUUCAGCAACUUAUUUUGCUUUAAUUGCUUUAAAUCUUAAGCAAUAUUUUUUAUUCAGUAAACAAAUUCUUUCACAAGGUACAAAGUCUUGCAUAAGCUGAACUAAAAUAAAAAUGAAAAGGAGAGAUUAAAGGUA